CUCUUUCUCUCUCUUUCUGUCUCUUUCCCUCUUUCCUGUCCUCCACUUUUUCUUCAGCAGCCAGAAGCUCGCGAGCAUCGCCGCUGUUCCUUCGACCACUGAGGAUCCAGAAGCACUUGGGACGAAGACUGUCACAGGAGCCAAGAUGGCAAUGAGCAGCAUCCUCAACGCUGAUGACAUCAAGAAAGCUCUGGGUGCAUUUGCAGUUCCUGACACCUUCGACCAUAAGAAGUUUUUCGAGAUGAUCGGGCUGAAAACCAAGUCCUCUGAUGACGUGAAGAAGGUCUUCACAGUGCUGGAUGCUGACAACAGCGGCUUCAUAGAGGAGGAGGAGCUCAAAUUCGUUCUGAAGGGUUUCGCCAAAGAUGGCAGGGACCUGACAGACAAAGAAACCAAAGAAUUUUUAAGAGCAGCCGACAAGGAUGGAGAUGGCAAGAUCGGAGUCGAUGAAUUUACCACCCUGGUGAAAGAAUGAAAAGCGACCUGGUGUGACUGACUAGCACUCCAAGAUCACCUCCUGACCACCGCUACAUCCUGACACCUGCUGGCUCCCCCCUUACCCUUCCUCCGCCCAGCACCCACACCCCACCCUCACCACCCCAACCUCCUGACUCCCAGCCCACCAGGCUGCCUCUGACUCCUGCCACAUACACUCUUCUUCCUCACCUUCUCCCACACGGCUUUUUUUUCACUGAGUGCAGUGCAAUAUAAUCCCCCCACGGCUAUAUUCAUACUAUUUAUUUUCUCCUUUUUAUACAAGCUGUAAUUCUUCCUUUUAUGUAUAGAUAAUAAACAUGCCUGCAGGAAUAAGCCUCACAUUUUAAAGUAGAUAUUUUAAGACAACAGAUGAUAAGAGAAAGACCCUCAUUCCUCUCUGUUUCUCUUCUUAUACCCUCUCUCUUCCCUUUCACUUUCCUUCCUUUUUUUUUCUUCUGCGUCAAUCGCUCCUCUGGCACUGUUCCCUUCCUGCAUUCGCCCCCCUCUCUCUCCUCCACCAUCCAUCCAUCCAUCGAACUAUCAUCCCUUUCUCCUCUGGUAAUGAGCUGUUGUAAAACAUACCAAAAGAAGAAAGAGGUCAAGCUGUGAAAGAAUUAAAUAAAGUGAAAGUUAAAAAAA